AUGGCGUCGCACGCCCAGCUCCUCGUGCUCGUCGGCGGCGACAGCGAGAUUCCCAUCUCGCUCGACCCGCUGCCGCCGUUCGAGGAUGAGGUCAUGUACCUGCUCGAGGAGGAGCUGCCGCCCGCGCACUACUGGACGCAGAUCGCCUCGCAUCUCCUGCGCCACCGGCGCGCCGCCGACGCCCACGCCCUCCUCACGCGCGGCCUCGCCGCCAUGCAGCGCCGCCCCGCCGAGCAGCAGCAUCUGCACGCCAUGCUCGCCGCCACGCAUCUCGCCGCCGCGCCCGCGGCGCCCAAGACGAAGCUGCACGACGCGCGCUUCCAGCUCCUGCCGCCCGAGCUGCAGACGAAAGACGUGCAUCUCAAGGCGGCCGCCGCCGCACUCGAGCUCGCCGCACGCGCCAAUGGCGGCGAUGCCAAGGCGCCGCUGCAGGUCGGCGCGCUCCUCUCGCGCGCACUCCUGGCGGCGAGCGCGGGACGCAACGACGAGGCAGAUCGCCUCUUUGAGCAGGUGCUUGCGCUCAAGGGACGCGCCGAGCAUCCCGUCGCCCUGCUCGGAAAGGCAUGCUGUCUGCUUCGUCGGCGCGCAUACGCUCCCGCACUCAGGCUCUACCAGCAAGUGCUCUCGCUGGCGCUCGCGCAGGACGCGCGCGCAAAGCAGGCGGCCACCGAGGAGGAGGCGCAGGGCGACGACGGCGCACCGAGCUCGCAGCUCAAGUGGCUGCCGUGGGUAGGGCCUGAUCCGCGCGUCGGCAUGGGUCUGGCACUCUGGGGUCUCAACCGGCCCGCCGAUGCUCGUCGAGCAUGGGCUCGAGCCGCGGCACUCGAUCCAUCUGCAGCUGCGCCCGCGCUGCUUCUCGGCCUUGCAGCGCUGCACUCCGCCAAGGCGCUCGAGGCUCCUCUUGGCCGCGAUGAAGAAGCAGCGCGUGCGGCGCUGUACGCAGAGGGCAUCGCCAACAUCCAGCGUGCGUGGGCGAGCGACAAGAACAUCGCCAUGACCGCAUGCGCCUUGGCCGACCACAUCAUAACCCGUGCCUCUGCCGAGGCUCCGACUCGAGGGGCAGCGUGGGCCAAGGGCGAGUUUGCACGUGCCUUGAAGCUCGGCGAACAUGCGUUGCAGCGAGCCGACUCGCGAUCGGCCGCCACGCAGGCUCAGCUCCUCUUUGCCCGCGCCGCACAUCUCGCCUUUGCGCUGGAAGAUCCCCUGGGCUCGGACCGCGUGGGCGACGUCGACGCGCUCGAGCUGCGCAGUUCGGCCCAGAGAUACUAUGGCAUGGCCAUUGAGUCUCUCUCGCGUUCGGCGCCGGGCGAAGGAGCAAGCAGCGAGCUGCCUGCCGGCCUGGCGCUCGCGACGCUCAGUCUUGCGCAGAUGCAAGUGGCGCGAGGCGAGAGUCUGGGCGCCAUCGUGGCGCUCGAUGAGCUGCUGGCAAGACCGGGAGCAAGCGCCAAGGCAAGUGCAACGCUCGAGCCGGCGCUCCUUCUCGCUUGUCUGCGUGCCAUUUCUCAUCCGGGAGCCACGGCGCUCGAGCGCGAAGCCGAUCGGGAGCGCGCAAGACCACUGUUGGAGCGCACGUUGCGCUCCAUCGACGCGGCGCGCACCGCCGUGCGAGGAGCAAGAGGGCGAGAUGAGUAUGAUGCCGACGGAGAGACGCACGAAGAAGUCAAGGAGGAGGCAGCUACAGUGCUUGCGCGCUCGGCACUGGCGGGCGAACGUCUGUCGCGCAAGUCGCUCGAGGCCAUUGCUGCGCUUGGCGACGAGCCACUUGCUCAUGUCCAGCUCGCUGAGUUGUGGCAAAGUGGCACGCGCCCCAAUCUGGCUCGUGCAGCUACUGCGUAUGCGGCUGCUCUGCGCGCUGCCACGAGUCGAACGUCGACGACGACGGGAGGCGAUGAUGCGGAACUUCUCGUGCGUCUGCGCAACAACAUUGGCGCACUGCAUGGCCUGCGUGGCGCCGAGGUUGGCGAUGCAGCGCAGCGCGAGAGCAUCCUUGGCGCCGCUGCUUCGCACCUUCAAGCUGCGCUGGGCGCCGCUCGUCAAGCCGAAGCGCAGCUCUCGGUGCCCAAGGCAACGUUCCUGGAUGCAGAAAAGACGACGACGCUCUACAAUCUGGGCCGCAUCCUCGAGAGUGCCGGCUCGACUGCCGAGGCUCGGCAGGCGUACGAAGCGGUCCUGCAGGCGCACGCAGAGUAUGUCGAUGCCAAAGUGCGCCUGGCGCUUCUGACUGCCUCGGUGCGAGGCGGCGACAAGGAGGCGACGCGCGCCGCAGAUGCGCUUCUCAAGGAGGCCCUCGCGUCCGAUCCCAGCCACUUCGACACGCGCAUGACGUACGUCUGCUUCCUCGCCGGCGAGCUGCCUGCGUCGCCGUCGCCGCCGCCGUGGGAGGGCAUCAAGGAGCUCAUCGGCCAGCUCUUCGUCGGGCCCGAUGGCCAGGGUCCGAGUCUCUUUGGCGGAGCCGCGGCCGCACACGCGAUUCGCGAUCAGGCGCGUCUGGACUCCUACACGCUCGCCGCGCUGGGAUGGACGUACUACCAUUUGGCGCACCAGACCAAGCCGGGUCCCGAGCAUCGCAAGCUCAGAGCAAAGGCCUUUUCGCGCGCCAUCGAGCUGCUCGAUCGUGCCCUCAGUGCCGACUCGGCAUGCGCGUUUGCAGCACAGGCGCUGGCCAUUCUCGCCGCCGAGGGCGUGCUGCACGAGCUGGCGAACAGCGCAGAGGGAGAGCAGAGGAGGAAGGCGGGCGCAGAUGCGGCUCUCUCGUUGCUCACGAGAGUCAAGGAUGUGCGCGAGGAUGGCAGCGUGCAGAUCUGCAUGGGACACGCGCUCAUGCUGCGCGAAGACUUUGAUGCCUCCUUCAAGAUGUACGAAGCGGCAGCGUAUCGGCAGGGCCAGAUCAGCGGUCCCCAAGUCUCGAUCCUGCAGUACACUGCUCGCGCCCUGUACGCACUCGGCCUGCGCAAGAAGUCCUACACGCAUCUCGCCACGUCGCUCGGCCAUCUCACCGAGGCCCUCGAGCUGCUCUCGCAGCGCAGCACGCCGCACGGGGCGACGGAGAGCAAGUAUGUGCGCUACAACAUGGCCGUCACGCGCCAGAAGGCGCUGCAGCUGCUGUUUGAGCUGCCUCUCGAGGCGCGCACCUUGACGCAGCUGGAAGAGGCGGUGCGGGGCGUGCAAGAUGCGCAGGCCACCUUCCUCGAGCUCACGCCUGAUGCGCGCGAGAACCGCCUCUCGUACAUCACCGCCGAGGUCGUGGAGCAGCGCCACCAGUACGCCGAGACGUCGCUGCUGCGCACGGCGCCGCAGCAUCUCGCCGAACAGCAGGAGCACGAGGAACGCAUGCGCACGGCGAGAGAACAGGUCGCGGCGCGCAAGCGCGAGAUUGAGGAGGAGAAGGAACGAGUGCGCCUCGAGGCCGCUGCCAGGGCUGCCGAGGAGGCAGAAGCACUCGCCGAGGCGCGCAAGCAGGCGCGUGCGCAGGUCAAGGUGUGGGAGGCGCCGCCUGAAGAGACCAAGGCGCCCAAGGUGCGCAAGAGCGGCACGGGCGGCGGCGGCGGCGGCGGCGGACGCAAGAAGAAGAAGACGACGGACGACUCGAGUGUCAUUGCGACGUCGGAGAGCGAGGAUGCGGGCGAGUACGACGACGAAGGCAUCGACGAUGACGACGACGACGACGACGAGGAUGCCCCGCAAGAGACGAGAGAGGAGAAGGAACGUCGCCGAGCCGAGAAGAGCCAGAGGCGCGAGGAGAAGAGAGAGCGCAAGGAGCAAAGGCAGAAGGCCAAAGCGGCGGCGGCGGCAGCGGCGGCGGGCGGAGGCAAGAAGAAAAAGAAGGGGCGCAAGAGUGAGAGAGCGAGAAGCGAGGAGGGAGAGGGAGAGGCGGCAGAGGAGAGUGACGAGGGCCCGGUGCGCAAGAAGAAGAAGACGCUCCGGAUGGCUAGGGAGGAGGAUCUGAUCGAUAGUGACGAGGAGAUCUGA